ACAACACAAUGAAUACGAACACUAAGAGAAUCCGAGAUAUCAUCAAGAGGGAAUUCUCAGCAAAUAUCGAGAUGAAAAAGGAUGAACUCGAGCAAAUCGAUCAGCGACUAGCAGACGUACGCAGCAUACUCGAUCGUCUGCGAGCAGUAAUAGUCGCUCAAUAUUACGGCCCCGGAAUAAGCAAUUUCAGAGAAUUUCAAGACGAGGGGUUAGUAAGGACGUCUAGUCGUCGGAAGAAGGCGAGUGUUGAGUAUGAUCAUGACAGUGUGAGUCAGUGUGAGUCAAUGGGCAGUAAGGCUAGUUGUGGUGUCGAGUCUCCACGGGCUGUGGAAACACCAUCGACUGAUUCUGGUUCCGGAAGGCAGUCGCCUGUCAUGGAUGGAGUUGGUGGUGUGCGCCAGAGUUUGCAAGAUAGAUUGUUUGGUCAAGGUUCUGGUGUUUCUCGUUUGUACAUACGGAAACGAGUCAUUGUUGGCAAUACGUCAAGGUUUAUUCCAUCUGAAGAGAGAGAAGCAGGCGACCGAUCCACUCACAAGUGGAUGGUGUAUGUGAGGGGUGUCAGCGAGGAGCCAUCCGUGUACCACUUCAUUAGCAGUGUUACGUUCUUUCUUCAUCCAAGCUACAAGCCAAAUGACCUCAUAACAGUCGUUCGUCCACCGUUUCAUCUCACACGACGUGGAUGGGGCGAGUUUCCUGUUCGGGUGCAGCUGCAUCUCCGCGAUGGCAAGAAAGUCGAUGCCAUUCACAACCUGAAGCUUGACAAGACGUAUUCAGGCUUGCAAACUCGUGGUGCUGAAACGACAGUUGAGAUACAAAUCGAGCGACAUUGCAUCAAGUCAAUUCCAUCGGUCGAUGCGAGCAAACUCACAACCGCAGUCCACAGCCCUGCAUCGGAUACCAUGGAUAUUCAAUCAUCCAAUGACAACAGUGACGACGAUGACUUCAACAACGUCGCAUCACAGACUGAAAAACGAUUAGAGGAGACAAAUGAUGUGACGUAUUAUCUGCCGGUUAUGACUCAAAGAGCAGCCGAAAACGUCACAUUUGAUCAUGCGUAUGUGUCAUCCAAUCCUAUCUCAUUGGCUGGUCUACUUCCUGUGGACCCUGAGAUUUAUGUGAACAAUGAUUCGUGUGUUUCGAUGCUGUCGAGUGGUGACCACAGGAAAUGGCGUAAGAAAUACACAGUGGUCAGUAGGUGUUCACAAAGGGAUCCUGACACACAAGAGAUUAUACGGAGCAUGCCGUCGUGCAUCAAAGUGUUUGCAACAGUCGAACAAUGUUUAUCAGCAUGCGUGAAGAGUUUUCCUCUCAUCCACUCAGGUGGAGGAGGUCAGUUGCAUCCAUAUGUUGCAGCUACCGAAAAACAAUUUCAAGAGUGGAACAUAUGUCGACGACGUGCAGCCGAGUGGAUGAGGGCUGUCACGUUACGAAAAGCCGUUCACAGCUUCUUUCCUUCUCUUCCGCAAAUCCGACUGCCUUCGACUGCUCAGAUCGUUCGCUGGUGUAGAGAUCGUGGGUAUACCCCGUCGUCAGUGAAUCUCGGUCGGCAGAAGUAUGAGCCGGCGUUGUGCAGGAUUUGUGGUUGUGAGUUGAAUGGAGACAUGAGUGAUAUGGAAUCAAGCAGAAUGAUCCACAAUGAAUGCAGCAGACGGUGGUACAGAAAAGGUAGAGCGUCUGUGAGUAGCGUGACGAAGGCUGACGAGAUACUGAGCGAACAACCUUUGUUGUUUACUAUUGAAUCUCAUGAUGAGUCGAUGGUGAUUGACGUGUAUAAUGAGACUGCCGUCACUUCAUGUGUCAAGACGUCAUUUCCUGCACGAGAAGGGAUGGCUGAUGAUGUGCAAUGGGUGUGUGGUGAGGCAAGAAAGAUUGGUGUGGGCCUUGCUGAUGUUGAUUACGAUGGAGUUGCUUUGCCUACAGUUGAGAAGAUGAUUUUAGCCGCAUGUGCGUGUCUUGUUCGAGAUAUUGUGUCUGGAUCAGUGGAGCAAGCGGCUCUGAGCGGUCCUACUCCAAGGGUUCCAAAUGAGAUCACAGUGGCUCACGUCUUCAUGGGCAUACAGAGCAAUCCUCUUCUCGACUUUCUCACCAAUGACGGCCUCGGCACCGACAAGUAGCAGACACUCACACAGGACACACCUCUGAACGCACU